GAAGCUGGUAACUGUGCACAAUGCGCUUCUUCAUUUCUGCUCUUCUACUGACUCUGCUUUACAGCAUAUGCACUGGUGAAGACUGGUGCUACCAGAGCCAGGUGGACUGUCAGUCACACUGUAAAGGACCUGAUCUUUGGCAUGAGGUCCACACUGACUGUGAGAAGAAAAGACAGUCUCCCAUUAACAUAGUGACCAAGAAAACUCAUCUGGACUCAAGACUCACACCUCUUAUAUUCAGUGGCUACCAACAGGCUUUUAUUGGCAACCUGACAAACAAUGGCCACUCUGUGCAAGUCGGUGUGCAAAUUCAUGCAACAAUCAGCGGCGGGAACCUGAAACACACCUACAAGGCCGUGCAGCUACAUUUUCACUGGGGAAAAGAUGGUGGCCCUGGGUCUGAACACACUAUUGAUGGAGAGCAAUACCCAAUGGAGCUGCAUAUCGUGCACAUGAGGGAAGAUUUCAAGAGUUUAUCAGACGCACUGAAAGACUCGAGUGGAGUGGCAGUGCUGGGCUUCUUUUAUGAGGAAUCAAAAAGUACAAACCGAAAAUAUGACCAAUUCAUAAACGCUCUGAAGAAUGUGAAAAAAUACGAAACGUCAACAGCCAUUGACAAAUUCUCCUUAAGCAAUCUCUUACUUUCUGAGGGGAACAUGACAAAUUACUACCGGUAUGAAGGCUCUUUGACCACCCCUCAAUGUACUGAGGCAGUAAUAUGGACUGUAUUUGAACAUCCCAUUCCACUCAGCAAAGAGCAGCUCUCAGAAUUCUCCAACCUGAAGUUCAGUGAUGAAAAGCCUAUGGUAAACUCAUUCAGACCAGUCCAGCCACUGUGGGGACGUUCAGUGUACUACUCUGGCACCUCUGCGCUUGUAGCCAGCUUCAGUCUCAUCCUGGUGUGUGUGAACGCAGCUCUGGGUCUUUUCCAGCCCAACUAGAGUGGACCAAAGGACCAAUCUACCGAACCCCAUCCAGCACCUCCAUGCAUGAGCACGAUGAGCUCUUAUCAGAUCAAACAGCCAAACAGUGAAUGCACUUGGUCAUUUUUGUAUUUGUGGUUGAAUGCACCUUGUUUAUUUUCAUAGAGCAAGACUUUAUUUUCAUAUAGGUGAACAAUGUGGUUUGGAUGACAGUGUGACUGGAAUGAGGAACUGCAUUCAACACUAUUAAUAGAACAAACUGAGGGGCAGUGGAGAGGUUAUACAUGCAUGCCCUUUAUUUAUCAGUUAAGUAGAGAGGGUCAUAUGCACACACACAAACACACAAACACACACACACACACACACACACACACACAUAUAUAUAUAUAUAUAAACACUUUGGCACAUGGCUCAUCCAGCACAACAUAGUUAUAUUUAUAACACAGGAGUCAUUUGUCUUACUAUUUAAACUACAGGGUAUGCAUGCACACACACACACACACACACACACACACACACACACACACACACACACACACACACCCACACCCACACCCACACCCAAAGCUAAAGAAUGAUGAACAACUGAUGUGCAUGUUCUAGUGUCACUUUCUAAGGACUUGGGUUCUGGGUUCAGGCCUUGUUUUCUGACUUCGCUGAACAUGUAUAACAUUCACGAUACAGAUUAUACGUAGCACAUGUUAUAAACACACUACUUUAAAUCAGUGCCAAUCAAAAGUGCACCAUUAAGCCCUUUUUGAAUAGGAUAACUGUUACAAGGAGACCUAAAAUAUUCUCAACUUUCUUUCAUGGAGUAAAUGACACUAUAUGCCCACUGUUUUAUAAAAAUAUAAUAUUGGACAAGGUUGUUUGGAAUGCCUAGUGCUUACUGUAUAACAACUGAAGGGAGUUUUUAGUUUAGCUUAAGUUAUGGGCUCAGAGACUUACAAUUCUAAGCAUAUUAAGACAGUAUCAGUGAGCAUCAAGACUUACAAGCAUUAGCUUGAUAAGCAUUUUAAAACUUUUUUUCUGUAAAUCUACUGUAUAUUUCUGAAAGCUUUUGGUUUUCCAGGUCAUUGUUAAUGUCCUAUAGUAGUAAGUCAAGACAGCUAGACAUGUGCUUACUGAUCUGAGGGCUGUCGUCAUUUCUACUGUAAUGUUUGAAUGAAUAAUUACUACUGCAAGACGGUCUGAAAUUUAUAUAUAUAUAUAAAAAAAUUAUAUGUGUAUGUGUGUGUCUAAUUGAGUAUGUAACUCAGUGGUUAUGGUACUAGUAAUCAGAAGGUUGCUGGUUCAAGCCCCACCAGAUUGCCACUUUUGGGCCCUUGAGCAAAGCCCUUAACCCUCGAUUGCUUGGACUGUACUUGGUCACAACUGUAAAUCUCUUUGAAUAAAAGGUUCUGCUAAAUGCCAUAAAUGUAAAUGUUUUAAUCUCACUGCAGGAAUUGGCAGGGAAAUGGAAUACAAGACCAAACCAGGAAUCUGAUAUUAAAACGCACAUUAUUCUUAAAAAUCGUGUAUGUUAUUGUAUGUGUAUGUUAUAUUAUUCUAAUGUCUGAGCAUAAGUUUGAAAGUCUGUAUAUCAUGGAAAUACGAGACUUAAUGAAAAUAAAAAGAAUACUAAUGGAUCGUUUUGUUUGGCUCAUAGAUUAUAUUUGAUUAUAUUUGCCAUAAAUAUGUAUAAUAAAUAUUAAGUUAUGAAUGUAAUCCUGUUUAUGUUAAUGCAGCUGAUGCCAAGUUCAAAAGUGAUUGCGAAUGAUGUAAAUAAUGUGUCCUUAUUCAACAAUAAACUACUGAAUUGACUUUUUAUAACUACA